AUGGGCUGCUUCUUCUCCACGCCUUCCACUGGAAACAUCAUCGUCCGCCGCGCCACACCCCGUGAUGUGCACUACCUCCCAAGCAUCGAGUACUCCGCUAAGCAACUCUUCCACAUCGUAGGUCUGUCCAAGUUAGCUGACGCUCCCGUACCACCUCCCAGCCUCUUCUCCCUAGACCAGCAAGAGGGGAAGAUCUGGGUCGCGGUAUCGCGGGAUAGUAUGGAACCCGUCGCCUUAGUUGUUAUGGGUGCCGAUCCUACGACGCGUUCUCGUCGUGUACUGUCCGUGCGGAAGUUUGCGGUGGAUCAGAGACACGCUAGACAGGGCGUUGGCAGGCGGCUGCGGUACGUAGAGUGUGUUAAGAAGGGACGGGAAGGUUGGCGAGAUACGCUUGUCGGGGUAUGA